CCAAAUAUCUUUGAUACCCAGGAACCAAUCUCUAGUGCUGUCAAAAGAGAAAGGGUACUUUUUCUCAAUAACCCAUUAUCCAAAAUUCUCUAUUUUGCAACUCUUUGCUUUGUUAGAGGGGAGAGAAAAGAACAUUUCUUUGCUCUCAAUCAAUCUCUUUACCCUUUCUCUUUCCCGGGUUCGGUGAGUGAAGAUGAGAGGAUCAAGCCCUAAUAAGACUGGGGUCUCAGAGAGUGAUGAGGGUGAAAUAGAUUGGGAGCUGAGGCCUGGAGGGAUGCUGGUUCAAAAGAGAGAAGAUGGGGGUGAGGGUUUUGGACCCUUGAUCAAGAUCAAGGUUGCCCAUGGAAAUUCUCAUCAUGAGGUCUCUGUGCCUGCUCAAUCCACCUUUGGGGAAUUGAAAAGGGCUCUUGCACAAAAGACUAACUUGGAGCCUCAGGAACAAAGGUUGCUAUUCAGAGGAAAAGAGAAGGACAACGGGGAAUUUCUGCACAUGGUGGGAGUUAAAGACAAGUCGAAGCUAGUGCUUUUGGAGGACCCAGCUAGCAAAGAGAGAAAGGCUGAAGAAAUGAAAAGGAAGCUUGAAGAGAUGAAAAGGGAUAGGGGAAUGUCUAAGGCCUGUGAAGCAGUUGUCAUUGUAAGAUCCGAGGUUGAUAAGCUCGCUGAAAAGGUUACUGAUUUGGAGUUAGCGGUGAAUGGGGGUGUAAAGGUUGCAGAGAAAGAGUUUCUCAUGUUGACCGAAUUGCUUAUGGUGCAGUUGCUGAAAUUGGAUGGGAUUGAGGCAGAGGGAGAAGCUAAAGUGCAAAGGAGGAGUGAGGUUCGUCGAAUACAGAGCCUCGAGGACAAGCUUGACGCCCUGAAGGCAAGAAACUCCAAUCCGAACAGCAACAACGGCAAAUCCGUAUCUGUGACGACCCAAUGGCAGACUUUCGAGUCUGGGAUGGGGAGCCUCAGGGCUCCUCCGCCCAUGGCAUCAUCUACUCAAGCAACUAAUGACUGGGAACAGUUCGACUGAAGCCUGUGUCUAAAUUAUCAAGAAUAAGUUUUUAUCCUUUUGGUCUGCGAGAUUUCUUGCUUCACUGUUUUCAACAGAGCUCCUUACAAAGAAAACAGGAUUGGCUUACUCAUACAAAUUGUUGUGAUUAUGAAUUUCCUCUCUCUAUAUAUAUUGUAUGUAUUCAUCAGUUUGGACAAUAGUUUCCGUGUUUUCUGUAUCUGGACAUGUUUUCUUCUGAGUUAAGUUAGUUAAUCUUCCACUUCA